UUUAUACUGUUUUUUUUUUUUUUUGGCAGUUUACUGCCUUGAAACUUUAGCCGUGUAAGGGACUUCUCAUUGCCACUUGUCACGAUAGGGUUUUGCCACGUUUAUUUUUUUUUUUUAAAAAAAUAUUUUUAAUUGUUUGAUUUGACGGUUAUGUGUUCUGAUCAAAAAGGUAUUGUAUUUAUGUAUUUUUCUUUUAUUUUUUUUUAUUAUUUUCGAAUAUAAAUUUUGUAAUUGUAAAUCUCUCUCACCUCAACUGUUCAUCUUCUUCCCCAUUUUCAGUUUUCUUAUACGGUUGUAGUAGUGGGUGGUUUUUUCAUUAUAAAAAAUUUCAAAUCCCAUCCCACUAUCUUAAACUUCCCUCUCAUUUUCCCUCCCAUUUUUAUUAUUUUUGUCUAUAAAUACCUUCAUAGUUCUUGAUAAUGGUCGUUACUCGUUCAUCACCAUCUCCGGCUAAAGUUACAAAACCCACAAAACAAUCGCAGAAAACCAGACCCAAAUCAAAAAUGGGUAAAAAAAAUCUGAAAGAGAACCCUCCUAGCCCCACUUCUCCUUCUGUUAAAAGAAAAACCAUUGCUGGACCUUCGAAGAACACUCGAGGAAAAAGACCUCGAACUGUUGUUGAAAAUUCAGACUCAGAUUUUGAGUUGGAUUCUGAAUUUCUUAAGUCGCCUGUUUCUGUUAAGGUAUUUUACUAUUUAUCUGUUGUUGUUUUUGAGGUUUUUUGUUUUUUUUGUUAAAUUUGAUUUUUGAAGUUCAUAUAUAUGGGUAUUUGUUUGUUUUUGUUUAUGUAUUUGUAAUUGUUUUAUAUAUAUUGUUUGAUUUAUUUAUGUGUUUUUGUUAAUUUUUAAUUUGUUGUUUUGUUGGUGUUGUUUUGUUUUAUUUUAGGGCAAGGGUAAAUCCCCUGUAAAGGUGUUGCCAUCAUCAGGUGUUUCUGAAGAAAUUUCUGUUAAUAGGAUUGUUGAGGUUUGUCAUGUUAUGCAUUUUGUUCUAUUUUUUUUUUAUUGUUUUUUAGUUGUUGUUAUUUUCGUAGUGUUUUAUGGUGUUUUAUCAGUGUUUUUAUUGUUCUGUUUUUUAGGAUUGGGAAUGCAAGUACACCCGAUUUCAAUUCUAUCAUUCUAGAGUAGUAACAUCUAGGUAUUACUCUGUACUUGGUGACAUUAAGAGAAUUUUAACUAAAAGCCAAUUGGAAAUUUUUUCAAAAUCUGUGUUUGGUUAUUUUCUUCGAAUUCCUGAGUACAUAAUUCAUUAAUUGCUUCAUUGUUUGCUGUUGAGGGAGGUUCAGCAGCCUAAUGGGUUGGAGUUUUAGGUUUGUGUCCAAGGGAAAUACCUUAGGUUUAGUAUCGAAGAGUUUGCGUUGGUCACGGGGUUAGAUUGUCAUGUUGAUUCUGAUUUUUAUCAGUUUAAGCAAGAUGAUAAUGAAUUGGUCAAACAUUGUUUUAAGGGGUACAAAAAAAUUACCAAGGGUGCUAUUCAGACUGCUUUUAUUGCUGACAAUCUUAAGGAUAACGACGAUCUUGCAGUCAAGUUGGCUGUAUUGUAUUUUGUGCAGUGUUAUUUGUUAGGUGGUCCCCCGGGUAAAGUUGUUUCGUCUGAGGAAAUAGAUGUUGUCGAUAGUGGUCGAUAUAAUGAAUUUGGGUGGGGCAAGCAUUGUUUUGAUAUCACUAUGCAUUCUUUGAAGGGUAAGAUAGAUUCUGGUUAUAAGAGGGUAGUUCGUAGUCACGAGGAUGGUGGGUAUUACAGGUUAUUGGGUUUUCCUUUGGCUAUUCAAUUCUGGUUUUUCGAGUGUUGCCCGUAUGUUAUUGGGAAACUGUCCUUGUACUCAAAUGUUGGCAUUCCAAGGAUUUUGAAUUGGCCUAAAUUACCCAAGGACAAGGAGGGUAUGGUGAAAAUGGAUGUCAUGAACACCCUCAUUUUCGAUCGGUCUUUGAAAGAGGUAAUCCUGUUGUUUUUUACACUAUUUCCACUGUUGUUUUAAUGUUGUUUUUGUGUACAUUAUUUAUACUUUAUUUUUUUAUUGUUGUUGUUAUUUUAUAAUUUCAGUUUCAUGUGCAUAUUGUUUUUUGUUGGUUUUUGUUGUUUCAGUUAAAAUUAAGAAACAUCACUCCAACUUCCGUUGAGAGAUUGAGUUUGAGCCUCACUGAUUUUUUUCUCUGGUGAGACUACUCCCGAGGCUGUAAAAUUCAAAAUUAAAGGUGGUUCCAAGCCUGCUGGUCAACCUGGCUUGAUGGGUUCUUCUUCAUCAUCUGCUCAUGAGAAUGUCUCCCGAGUUGAGUUUGAGGAAUUUAAAAAGUGUUUAUCUGUUGUUGUCAGCCAGCAAGGGAUUCUUAUGAAAUCUGUUGCUGAGAUGAACAAGAAGCUGGACAUUCUUAUUGAGUCAUCCCAAGGUGGUCUUACUCACAAUGGAUCUCAGUCUGAAGAUGCUCUUCGUACUUCAGAAAAUGAGGAUGAUGAAGAUUCCACUUUGGAGGAAGACGAGGAUGAUAAAUUCGACGAUGACAAAGGAGAUGAUCAUCAUGACGAUGAAACUGAUGAUGAUGAUGAUGAUCUGGGUGGAGAUGGUGUUGGUGCUGGUCAGGAUGAGGCUCACACGGGCGAUGUUCGUAACGAUGAGGGUGUUGUUGUCCCCGAGGUUGUUUCGAGGGAUGAUGAUACCGGCAAGGUGGAUGAUGCCAAGAAUUCUGACCCUGUGGAACCUAUUGCAGAGAUCAAACAGGUGUAUUUCUUGUUUGGACAUCAUUUUUUUGUGCUUUUUUGUGUGGAUUUCUGUGUUUUGUGUUUGUUUUAA